UUACUUAAUAAUCCUUUUCCGUUAUCAUAUAUUCCGUAUGCAUUAACUGGAUAUUCAUCCAAGAUGACAUUUAAGCAAAGAUUUCUGAAUACAGUUUUCUAUCUUAUGGGAGACAGAUUUUUCUCUUAUUUAACGAGGACAACUAUUACGACGUUAAAUCAGGAAUUCAACAUUGCUCCAUCAAUGAGCUUAUAUGAAAUUGAGAAUUCUCCAUCAAUGGUGUUGAUUACUAGCGAUUUUGUCCUUGAAUACCCUCGACCUGUUCUACCUAAUGUUAAAGUUAUUGGUUCUUUAUCUGCUACGCCAGCAAUGCCAUUGCCUAAUGAAUUGGAAGCAUUUAUGAAUGGUGAUAGUAAAGUAGUUUAUAUUGCAUUCGGUUCAACGUUUGAAGAACUUAGCUUAGAAAAACUGAGAAUCUUAGUAGAUGCUGUAAAUCGAUUACCAUAUAAGGUGCUAUGGAAAAUCAAAACCAACAUCACUGACAUUGGCUCACAUGUUAAAAUUGUUGGUUGGGUACCUCAAAAUGAUAUUUUAGGUCACAAAAAUACCAUUGUUUUCUAUUCUCAUUGUGGCCAUAACAGUAUGUACGAAGCUGCUUAUCACGGUAUACCUGUCCUUGCGAUGCCAAUUCAUGGUGAUCAGAUCGAUAAUGCUAACCAAAUUUUGCAGGCUGGGUUUGGUGUCAAGAUAGAUUUUCUUAGAUUAACAUCAGAUGAUAUAGUUAAUGGAAUUAUGCAACUUACAAAGGAUAGAUACCGAGAAAAUGCUAACCGCCUUUCUAUUGCUCUACGAAGUCAACCAAGAUCUUCACGGGAUACAGCAGUUGAUUGGAUAGAAUAUGUAAUUGCAAAUAAAGGAGCGAAGCAUCUUAGAAUGGAGGGUUAUAAUCUAACAAUUAUUGAGUAUUAUAUGUUAGACGUACUACUAGUAUGGAUUAUAACAGUAGUAACGAUCAUAUAUAUAGUUAAACGUUUUGUUCAACUAAUGUACUUUAGGUGUUGUAAGGUUAAGACA